AUGGGCCCCUGUACCGCCUCCUCAUGCUGCUGCCAGGCCCGUAAUCUGCCAUGGGCCCCGUACCGAUUCCUCAUGCUGCUGCCAGGCCCGUAAUCUGUCAUGGGCCCCUGUACCGCCUCCUCAUGCUGCUGCCAGGUCCAGAGUGUGUCAUGGGUCCCUGUACGGCCUCCCAUUGCUGCUGUCUCCAUCGCCACACUCUGCCAUGUGCCACUUUCAGGUCUCCUCACACUGCUGGUGGGUUCCAUUUUGUCAUAGGGUGCUGUAUGGCCUCCCAUUGCUGCUGCCUCCACCGCCACACUGUGGCUCCACACUCUGGUUUUGGCCCCGUGACUGCCCAAAUGAGUGAAGUGUGCGGUGAUUCUAAGAUCGACGGCACUCAUCUGCAUGUCAUACUGACUGACAGUAUUAUUUCUCUUCCACAGCAGACUCCAAGGGCAUUUAAAUUAAAGGUACAGUGUUCUGCACUAAUAUAA